UUAGCAAGCUGUAUUUGAUAUAGUAUGUUCGAAAAAUUGCGUUUUAUUCUAUAGAUUAUUAAAUAUCGAAAUCUAUGAUCGCAUUAGAAAUCGCGUUAGAAUGCGAAAACGAAAUUCUUUAUUGAAGUGAAACUAUCAUUGUACUAUCUCAGUUACAUUACGUUUUAUAUAUAUAUAUUUUUUUUGUUUUUACCAUGGAAUACCUCAACUCAGCUUUAAUGUUCCUGACAAAUAAAUUCAAAGAUACGUAAAAAAAGGAAUUAAAUUAUAUAAAUCUCUUACUGACAAUAUUUCUUAAAAUAAUCCGUACACUAAUAUAUCUAGAUAAGAACGGAUCCGUUUAUUCAGAAUAUUCAUCCGGCUUAAAUUUAAAAUAAAUGCGAAAGUAUGAAAGAUAUAGAACUAGAGGUAAAAUUUACUACUGGUGCAAUAACAAAAUUGUAUUGACAAGUCUUAAAACAAGUAGCAAAAGACACCAAGAAUGAAGAAUUGCUAUUAGUUAAAUAAUGUUUAGAAUAUGCUUUGGCGUCCAUAGCGUCUGUGACAGCUUGCUAAACACGAAAAUCGCAUACAUUGUAGGUCUUCCUCGCGGCUCUCCCAUCCGGACCAAGUCACUCGUGUUCGAUAUGGUGUCGGGUUACCUCGCGAUACGGUAAGCAAAACCGGUCCAGAAUCUUACGCGAUGAAUGUCGUAUGUAUCGUGACACCGUAGCGAGCACACCGCAACAUGAAUUUCGAAAGUACGUCGUCCUGGAAGGACAGCAAUCCGGGAUUGUCAUUGUUCUUCGCCACUCUGUGCAUCGUCGAUAUUUUUGGCGUGUUCCCGAUAAUUGCGCUACCACGAUCGAUCGUCCAAUGCGCUAUCCUCUGGCCGCAGUGACGGAAUUAACGAUGGGACCACGCGUACGGUCCAUCGUCACUCUACUUUUGGAUCUGACAGUCUUUGGUUGCGGUAUUCCAAAUUUAUUAGUCGCUUCGCAGAACUUGCAUCUAUUCGGACUCAAGGUAUCAGGGCAACGUUUUGAUCUUUCUUUCUGUUAUUGGCUGCUAAUAGUCGGCCUCUUACUUUGCCCCUUGAUGUGGCUAGGCAGUCCGCGAGACAUGAAGUGGGUCGCAACAUGCUCCAGUAUCACAGUUACUCUAACAGCGGUGUCAACGUGGUGGAGCAUCGUAACCGAUGACCGAAUAUCCGACGUCGCGCCAAUUGCCACUUCGCCGACCUGGGAUAAAUUUAUUUCCGGAUAUGGCAUGCUAGCGUUUCAGUUCGAUGUUCAUCCUACUUUAAUGACGAUACAGGUUGAUAUGCAUCGUCCUCGAGAUAUUAACAAAGCAGUCUUUCUCUCUUUCAUAGCAAGCGGAUUAUUGUUCGCCAUCACUGCUUGCCUAGCCGUGUGGAAAUACGGCGGCGAUACAACUGCCAAUAUCCUUGAAGCUGUGCCAUCCGGGUCGAUCGCAAACAUCGCCAUUCUGUUAUCCGCUCUUCAACUAUGCUUCUCCAGUGUGAUCGGCUAUUCAGCGCUGUUUCAACAUCUUGAAGACCUAUGGAGCGUACAGAGAACCUUCGGAUGGAAACGAUGUGCCAUGAGAUCAGCGAUAGUUUUACUCAGCGUGGUGGUAGGCGAGUCGGUGUCGCGUUUCGACAUCGUCAUGGCUUUGAUCGGUGGAUCAUUAACCGGAACAUUGGUCUUCGUUUUACCUCCUUUAAUCUACACUCGAGUAUUGGCUCUAAAGGAAAGUUCGAAUUGUGCAACAAGCGAAGAGCGGAUUUAUUCGAGUUCUUCUCGCAGAAGAUUCGACGGCGAGGAGCAGAGCUUGAUGGAUGCUCCUGGAGCUCAUUCACGUUCAAUCUAUUAUGGUUUUCUAAGCGGCACGAACAAUCCUCGCAGCUAUACGUAUCUAUAUUUCGAUGACUUGGAAGAUGAGACGAACUCAAAAACUUCGAGUGAAUUCACCGAUUGCUACGAGGACGAACGAGAUAAGAAGGAAGUCACUCAAAUUCCGAUGAUCCGCACUCAUCGAGAGGAGCAGCCACUUCUUAUCGAUGCCGCGGAGCCAACCAGAAGUCAAAUCAGAAGAUCUACAGAUCAGCAAGAGGAGAAGACGGCGGAAAUAGUUAUGGAAAGGAAGUUUUGGAAUCUGGAAAAAAUGAUUAAUUAUUUCGGUUACUUCAUAGUAAUUAUCGGCAUAGCGAUUACGUUGUCGUCGACAUACGUUAACAUUUGGAAUACCAUACGUUACGUGCGCUUUACACCGCCGUGUAUCAUCAACGCUACCGCAAAUUGAAACAGUUUAGUUUCCGACUAUAAAAUUGUUAUAUAAAUUUUAUAUAAUUUAUCGAAUAUGGAGUGAGUUAUUCAUGUUCUAUCUAUUUUAAGAUAAUAAUGAUCUAUCUAUUUUAAGUUAAAAUUCAUCAUUUCAUGCAAAUUUGUUUCAUUUGAAAAUGAAGGGUGUGAUAAUUUCGGAUAUAAUUUUGGAAUUGAAUAUGUCAUGAAAGUAAAAAUAUCGAGCAAUA